AUGCAUCCUACGAUUGAAAAAUCUCAAAAACUUCGCCUGAAAGUCGAAGGAAUUCGCGAAUUAGGCGCGAACAAGAUCUAUAGUGCUGCGAUUCGAAUUGGCGAUCAAGAUUGGUUAGUUUUUCAGAAGUUUUUUUCAAAAAUAAAUUCCAAUUUUAGGAAACUCGCAUCGAACAUUGAAGAAGGAAAAUUCAACAUUUUCCUCGUCUGCGAAACAAACUCGGAGCAAAAAAAUUGGCUGUGCGAAGUCAACGCGGAAGUUUCGAUGCUCAAACAAAUUGGCAAUGGUUCGAAUUUGACUCAAGAAUUCAUUCAUCACUUCGAUUUCAAUAAUCGCGAGAAAAAAGUCGAGUUUUGCAAACUCGAAUUCAUCGACAAUGGUUUCGAAGUUGAUAAGAAUGUUUUCAUCGAAAUCGAAUUUGAUUACAAAUUCUAUAACUUCGCGGAACUUUUCCCGAAUUAUAUUGAUCGAUUGAUUUCGGUUGAAGAGGUUGAAUUUAAAGUAAACAAAAUGGUAGGUUUUUUUUGGGGGAAAAUUAUCUAACAAGGGUGAAAAAUAUUGAAAUAUACCAAAUCGACCAUUCUGAUCACAAAUCCGAAGUCAAAAAUUGCCCUGUGAGCACAUUUCUGGAGCUCCAAAGUUAGUUCGCCCAUUUUCACCAUGUUCCUGGGUGGAAAAUCAAUUCCUAUAACUUGGAUAAGGUUGUUCACCACAUUCGAAAACCUAUCAGCUUUUUAGAUUAUCAAAAAAUAAAAAGUGAAAACUGUAAUUUUUCAAAAUGCACAAAAAACUUUGAAAAAUUACAGUUUUCAGCUAGUUUUUCAUAUUUUUUGAAAAACUAUAAAGCUGACAGGUUUUGGAAUGUGGUGAACAACCUUAUUCAUGUUAUAGAAAUUGAUUUUCAACCCUGGAACCAGGUGAAAAUGGACGAACCAACUUUGAAGCUCCAGAAAAGUCUCACAUGGCAAUUUUUGACUUCGGAAUCGUGAUCAGCAUUUGGUAUCAAAAGUUCAACGCUUCCCUUGUAAACAUUGUCUAAAAUCUAUUUUUCUAGCAACUGGCAUCGGCUUCGGAAUACUUCUACGAUCUUUUCGUCACAAAAGAUUCAACUGCGAGCAAGAUCUUGUUGGAAUACAACUCCUCAGAGUUUAUGCAAUUUCUCGCCGCCAUUCAGCCAAAUUCAAUCGAAGUCACAGGUAAGAAAUCUACUUAUUUUUGUCUAGCUUCAAAAAAAUUUUCCAGCCUCAAACUAUCAAUCAUUGAUGAGAAGCGCUCAAGAAUUCCGUGCCUCAUUUUUGCAUUACAAAAUUGAGCACUUCUUGAUUUGGUUCAAAGAUUUGGAGCUCUUCGAAAAAUUGAAGCUUGCGGACAAGUAUAAUUACACUUUGUUGAGAAGAUUCUGCGUGAAAUCCAUCGAUGAUUUGGGAAAUAUCAAAAUCAUCUCAAUGAAACCAGAAUUCGAGAAUCUCUCGACUGAGUCGAAAUUCAGAAUUCUCCGCCGAGGAAUCGAUAUUGUUUAA